AUGGGUCACGGAAAUUCCAACAAACUCUAUAUCACCCAUGCAGAACAUACGGGAAUGUUUGGCUCUCAUUCAGCCUCUACAGGCUACCAAGCUAAAACACAGGCGCACGCGGCUGCACGAACUCCCUUUGAUUGUUGCGCACUAUCUUUCCAGCCUUUCACGCAUCCAGUUUGCGCCAGAAAUGCUGACGGAACGGGACACGUUUUCGACUUGGUGAAUAUCAUACCGUGGCUCAAGCAACAUAACAAUACUCAUCCCAUAACCAAAGAACCUCUCACACCUGCCGAUCUCAUAACAUUGCAUUAUUCACGCAAGGAAGCGUCAGGCGAAAUACACGACCCAAUAUCCUUCAAACCGUUCAACGAGCACUCCCACAUUGUAGCCAUUGCGACAACAGGCAACGUAUUUCUCGCGGAGAGUAUCAAAGGGGGGAAGGAUUUGGUGAAUGAUGUGCCGUUCAAAAAACAGGACGUGAUUACUUUACAGAACCCUCACGGUUUCACCCCCAUGUCUGUUCCAACCGCGUCGACAUCCACCAACACCGCCAAGACUGCUAUAGCGACGAAACCUGCUCCAAAGCCGGCUCAACCAGCAUUAGUCAAAACCAAAGACGCCGUACCUUGGAAUAUCUCACCUUACUCGAGCGGACUUCCGGGUGCAUCGCUAACUUCCACCUCUGUGGAUCCUCAAACAGCAAGUGGAAAUUCCAGCAAGUUGCUUUGGGACGAAGAAGAGCUCAUGUUUGAGGAAAUAUCGAACCCCCCUAAAGGUAAAGGAAAGGAAAAGGAUGUUGGGAAACGUCGUGCGUACGUCCGGGUGGUCACAAGUUUGGGAGGGGGUAGCUUGAAUCUCGAACUAUAUUGUGAAAAAGCCCCGAAAACCUGCUAUAACUUCCUCAUGUUGGCUCGGGCUGGAAAAUACGAUAACUGCCUGUUCCAUCGCCUAAUACCAGGCUUUAUGGCUCAAACCGGUGAUCCAACUGGGACCGGCGCUGGAGGAGAGUCCUAUUGGGGUACACCCUUCCGAGAUGAGUAUGACCUGAAAGGUGCUGCGAAGCACGAUAGCCGAGGAGUGGUGGCGAUGGCCAACAAGGGUGCCAGUAGCAAUGGGUCACAGUGGUAUAUUACCUUCAAAGCGACUCCCCAUCUGGACCGGAAACAUACAGUGUUCGGAAAAUUAGUGGGUGGUGAAGAUGUUUUGAAUACCUUGGAGAAACUACCGCGGAAAGAGGGUACAGAACGUCCCGCGAAGCCGGUAAAGAUUACAGAGGUCAUUAUCUACCAGGACCCUUUCGAGGAGUACAAAACCCGGCUUGCUAAGAAGCUCGCGCGACGAGAGGCAAACCAGAACGGAACUAUCGUUGAAAAGGCACCCGAGAAGAAGCCAGCUGACGACACAAAUUGGUUCGGUCUCAAGAUUGGCGGAGAAGCAGCCUCCACUAGUGGUAAAGCUGGGGGAGGCGUUGGUAAAUAUCUGAAUUUGAAGCGGGCACAAGAUGGAAGUGCCAGCAAUGAGGUGGAAGAACCCAGAAAGAAACGAAAACUUGGUUUUGGAGACUUUGAGGGUUGGUAG